AUGAAAAGUUUGCCAAUGGAAGAUAUUGCCUCCAAUAUGGUGCUAAAGGAUGACGAAAUGGAGGAGAAUCAACAGCUGUUGUUAGAUGUAACACUAAGAACCAGUGAAAGACCUUUGGUUCAUACAACAGUUCAAACUUUAAUUGCAGUAAAAGAAGGAGAAGUUUCUAUGAGUUCAAAGGGGAUGGUGCCCAGUGAAGCGGAACUAAAAAAUGAAGAUGUAAAAGAAACAAAUCAUGCAUCCCCAAAAACAGAAGUUUCAACUAUUGCAGCCCCUCAGUCUGCAAAUACAGAAACCUCUACUAAAUCGGUGUCAACACAAAACAGGUCACAACCAUCAACAACCAGUAGUGGCCGAAGAUCUAGAGUAAAUGGUGUUGCUACCUCUACGCGCAGAAGAACUAAGUCCAAUUCUAGCAGAAAUAAAUCAUCUUCAAGAAGCCGAGCAAGAUUGAACUCAAGAACAACUCCUAAAUCUAAAAGCAGAGAUGAGUUUACCACAAGGAAAGAAACAACUCUAUCUGAAACUCCCAUUUUGCAGAAAAAAUUUUCAACUUUAACACCAAAAGUUCCGUUUAUAAGAAGCGAUGUUAUGGCUACAGAACCGAAAACUUCUUUAAGCGACAUCAAGCAAACAACAAACACAGAAAAUACAACUCCAACUAGCAAUGAUUUAGACAGAAAAGGAGUAGAAAAAGCUGUUUCGCCCGCUGAAGGAACAACUCAUGAAGAAGCCACAAAAGAAGAAGGAAUGUCUUCUUCAAAAUCAUCAACUUUAGUUGUUGAAGAAGCCACUGCUUUCGGAGUAAAACACAUACCCACAAAAAUAGUCAAUGCAACUCCAACCAUUUUUAGCCCAAUUUUAGAUACAGACAGAAUAUCUUCGGAAACAGUAGCAUCAGCAAUACAACAUUCAACAACAGAAAUCGCAAAGCAGAUUCAUCCAACAGAUGUCAAAACUUUUACAACAGAAACUUCCAUAACCAAAAGAGUUGUAUUAGAACAAAAUGAAGAACCUGCAAAUACAGAAGCCACAAUUACCAAAGAUCAAACAGAGGAAAAGGCCAUUACAGUUACAAAGCCCAAAGUGUUAACAGAAGAAACUUCAACUGAAUCUUCAGAUGUUGAACAAACAACUGCAUCUUCUUUUCCUAAGAAAGAAAAUUUCGCCCUAACCUUAAAACCUCAAGAAUUGUCUACAACACCAAAAACUAUGACUAAUAAGGAUACUCAAUUAACAGUCUUUAAAGAAGUUUUACCAACCCCUUCAACAGAAGAAGAAAAUGUCAACACCAAUGUUUUUGAACAGAAGUCUGAGGAAGCUAUCAACAUUCCAAAUAUUUUAUCAAAACUGGGUUUAAAUCUCUCCAUGGAUAAAGAAAAUUUAAUAAUUAAUGACAACAUCAUCUCAAGCUCCACAGAUAGUCCAUCCACACUUGGUGAAAUCACCUCAACAAUGGCAACUCUAACAAUAACAACUUCAGAACCCACGGCAGAAGUUACCACAACAAAAGAAGUUUUCCCAGAAGAAUCCAUGUUAUCAAGCUCAACUACAACAUCCACUACUUCCCCAAUUCCAACUUCUUCUGCAACUCCAACUACUACUCCAAUUCCAUUUUCUGCCACAAAAGAUUUACCUCUCAUACCAAAGAAUGAAAACUUGGAGUCAGUAACCAAAAAACCAACAGAAAAGCUACAAGUUCGACUAACACCCAUUACAGAGGAUGAAACACCAAACUCACAAGAAGAUCACCCUACAAGACUUGGUGGCGGAGGCUCUGAUGUUGAAUCUUCAAAGGACACCAGUGCCAUAGUUGAAGUUGAUACAUUCUUAACGGAGGAAGCUGCAUUGAGAGCGGCCGCAGAAGAUUUUCUCUUUGGAGAAAUAGAAAAUUUCACAAGCACAACAAAUCUCUUUGCAACACUAUCAACACUAACUUCACAAGAACUGCAUAGUUUUACGUAG